UAUAGAAGUGCCAGAAGAGAACCACCGAAUGUCUACGCGCUGCACUCUCUAGAUUCGCCAUAAAGUCAAACCACACUGCAGCAUGGAUUAUCAGCAACCCUUCUGCAAUCCGAGUGUGCCAUUCACUGGCUGUAUCCAGGGAGCUCUGCAUGAGGGGAAGACCAUCACUGUGACAGGGAGAGUCCUGCCAAAUGCCAAGAGGUUUCAUGUGAAUUUGCAAUGUGGCUCAAAAGAAAAACCUGACGUAGCCCUCCACUUCAACCCCCGAUAUGAUGAAUCCAGACAACAUGUGGCCUGCAACACCAUGCUGAGCUCUAAGUGGGGCCCAGAGGAGCGUAAAUAUUAUAUACCCAUGACCCAGGAGGAAAGAUUUACCCUCCUGUUCCUGGUCAACCGAGAUACAUAUUCGGUGAUUGUGAAUGGUGCCCACUUCAUGGAGUACCUGCACCGGAUGUCAAUCACCCAAGUGGACACCAUCUUCGUGUAUGGGGAUGUGGAGAUCGAAUCCAUUGCCUUCUCCAACUCUGCAGGACUCCUGAAACAACCAGCAAACCAGGCUGUCGUAAUGUGAAUCAUUGGAUGUAAAGAAUCUAGUUCGUGUGGGAUCCUGUAUUUUACAUUAUAGCUAUUAGCAUAUAUAUGAUUAAAUAUUAUCUGAUGUUGGUUGUGUGAGGUGUCUGCAUUUGUGCACUGGAGCCUCAUUAUGAGAUUAAACAACUGCUUGCUACUUGCCUGUUUGUGUGUGACAAGAACUGAGUAACAUGGUGUGACCUGCAUGUUGCAAAACUGUAGAUAACAGCCAGCAGAUGCUUUGUCCUUGUGUUUGUAUGUAACAAUAUUGAGCACAUGGUGUGACUUGCUGUAUCUUACAAAGUUGUGAUAGGGAGGGGUGGUCAUCACGAGGUUUAACUGAGAUGGAAAAAUACUGAACAACACAAUAGCAGGAACUGAGCAACUGUUAUAACUAGGGGGUGAUACCAGAACAGUAGGAAUUUAUACAUCGACGGAGGGAGGACUCCAAGACGCGCCAAGAGGCGGGGACCCGCCUGAGCGCCUGCGAUAAGCUGGGCAACUUUCAACCAUGCCCAGCCUCUACUGUGAUAGACAGUUCCAACCCGUCUGU